UUGCUGUCUGUCAUAUCAAUUGGUUUUCGAUUGGUCGUCAUUGAAAUUGUGUGUGCGACGAAUCUCAUCCUUUUGUAUUUGUUAAACUAGAACAUUCGCAAAUAAUUGAUUUUCUAUUAACUAUUGCUUUCAAAUGAAGUUCACCGCAUAAAAUAAAAACCAUUUGCCAAAAAAGAAGCUUUCUCCUAACGCCCUAGAGGUGUAGACGGAAAAUAGAUCACUAAAUUACGAUUGUGCAAAAUACGAGAUCAUCCCCGACGUUGUGAUGGAAGUCUACUUUAAUAUAACUACGAGACGGAAAAAAACCGACGUGGACUGUUACAAAUGAUCUGGUGAUUAUCGCCGGACGAGUGUUUUGGUGGUAAACUUGAAAGGAAAAUAAGAAGUCGGUAAACGACGGGUUUUAUGUGCGCGUGAUAGUGACAUGAGCACAAACAACAAGCGGCGCGGAGCUAGUGGUUCCAGUUGUUCAGUGCCCGGAGUGCCGGCUCUCGUGAACGUCCCAGGCGGCGCCAUGUCUGCCGAUCUCGCUUCGCUGUUUGAGUGCCCCGUAUGCUUCGAUUAUGUGCUGCCACCGAUCCUGCAGUGUCAAAGCGGCCACCUGGUUUGCUCCAGCUGCCGCCCCAAGUUGUCUUGUUGCCCGACCUGCCGAGGCCCUCUCGGUAACAUUCGCAACCUCGCCAUGGAAAAAGUAGCCAGUAAUGUAAUGUUCCCUUGUAAACACUCCAACACUGGAUGCACAGUCACCCUUGUCCACACAGAGAAAGCAGAGCAUGAGGAAGCUUGUGAGUUUAGACCUUACUCUUGUCCGUGCCCAGGCGCAUCCUGCAAGUGGCAAGGUGGACUGGACCAAGUGAUGCCACACUUGAUGAUGUCUCACAAGAGCAUCACUACACUCCAAGGUGAGGAUAUAGUAUUCCUGGCCACAGACAUUAACCUACCUGGAGCAGUGGAUUGGGUCAUGAUGCAGUCCUGUUUCAACCACCAUUUCAUGUUAGUCCUUGAGAAACAAGAAAAGUUUGAUGGCCAUCAACAGUUCUUUGCUAUUGUCCAACUCAUAGGUUCACGGAAGGAAGCAGAGAACUUUGCGUACAGACUGGAGUUGAAUGGACACCGCCGGCGCCUCACUUGGGAAGCAAUGCCACGGUCCAUACAUGAAGGAGUCUCGUCUGCCAUCAUGAACUCUGACUGUCUUGUCUUUGACACAUCCUUGGCUCAGCUGUUUGCUGACAAUGGAAACCUUGGAAUCAACGUCACAAUCUCUAUUGCCUAAUAUUUGCCAGUCACUAAUGUAUGUAUAGGAAUCACUAAAGGACUUAUUUCAUUGACUACUAAAAGUAAUCCAAUUAUAUUUUAUGUCAGUGAAAUGAUACCAAAUACGAAAUUUUUAAGACAAAUAUGUACCUUAUGAGAGUGAAUAUUUUUAACUUUUGAAAUAAUUACAAUUUUGUUAUGGUAUUGACAUUUCGGCUUUGACAAUUUUUUGUAUUUAAUUUUUAAUCAAUAUUAAUCUUCAAAGUAAGCCAAAAAUUGUUUAUUCAUUCAUUUAUUAUCAUUGUAAAUGUGUGUUCAUCUUCUCUAGAUAUAAGUAGUGAAAAGUUGAAAAUUAUUUGAGUGGUUAACUGUGGGAUGCCUUGUGAAUGUAGAUUGUAAAUCACAAUAAAUUGUGACAUGUAUGGAGAGUAAAGUGAUUAUUUUAUUCCAAACAAUGAACAAAUGUUGUAACUAACAUAUUAUAUUGUGUAUAUAAGAGGUUUUGUGUAAGAAGAUUGAGCAAUUGUGAUUUUUGCUUCAUGACUUGGUGUGCGGGCAUCGGCCGGUUCAUUCUACUGUGUGUUACUCCUGGUUGAUGCGGGAUUAUUAUUCAUUAUCACACCCAAGAUACAAGCAAACUAUGUGAUAUAAAUUCUAUAGAACUAUUGCUACUGGGCUCUGCAUGCAGUUCCAUGGCCUUUUUAUCUUUUGUACACAGAAUGGAACAUUCUGGAAGCAUUGAGUGUUAAUGAUCUACUCAUGGUAUUAUUGUAUUGUAAGCAAUUUAUGUGGUAAGAUGUAUGCUGUGGGUUGACCAAUUGUGACAACCAUAUACAAUAAACAAAAUACUAAUUAUUAUAAUAAUUUACUGCUAAGUCAAACCGGCCACAAGUUUACCAAUAUUUUUUGUUUCAAUCCCUGUUAAAAUGGAAUAGGUUCUUGUUACUCUGUUUGUGUGAAUUUGAAAUUCUGGAAUGUUCUUGAAGUGUCUUGUACAAACUUAACUUCAUACAAACUCAGUAAUGAUUGUUAGUUUUAUUAGCAUCGUUUUAUUUAUACAAACCCCAUGUUACUUAAUUGUAGUUGUAAUCACCUACCUAGUUUUCUUUACCAUAUACAAUAAAAUGACUGUUGCAUUGAAUCGGGCUACUAUUUUGAUUGAUUAAAGAAUGUGAAUUCAUGGAAAAUGUUUAGGCAUUGCGAUCUCAAAGUUUAGAGUUUACUUCUUGGGGAAAAUUUAAAUUCAGUAGAGUGGAGUACAAAGGAAUUUCAGCUUAUGAACUGACACAUUGUGCGACUGCCAAAUCGGCAUUCUAGCUGUAAAUUCGCCCGAUCAGAAUGUAAUAUUGUGUUGGCUCACAUGGUAGCAUCUAUAAUAUAAAGUUUGAAAAUUCAUGUCAAUAUUUCCAGUUCUUUGGACAUUUUUUUAGAAAUGGGAAUCUUUUAGCUGAGCUAAUAGAGACUGCAAUAUUGACAUGGACCAUCUAAUUAAUUAAGGUGAGCUGGUAAAAAGUUUAUGAAAGAUUCUAGUUGAAAUAAAUUUUUGUAAUGUA